GUCACGCUACGCCGAGUUCCAGUUCAACUGCCAGCCAUCCCUGCAGACGGCAAGCGGCUGCCGGCAAGACAGCUACACUGCCUGUCUGCUGGCUUACACGGGGAUCAUCGGCAGCCCCAUCACGCCCAACUACAUCGACAACUCAACUUCCAGCAUAGCUCCCUGGUGCACGUGCAACGCCAGCGGCAACAGGCAGGAAGAGUGUGAGACCUUUCUGCAUCUCUUCACCGACAACAUCUGUCUCCAAAAUGCCAUUCUGGCCUUUGGCAAUGGGACCUACCUGAAUGCAGCUGUGGCCCCAUCCAUCCCCCCCACCACACAGAUGUACAAGCAGGAGAGAAAUGCCAACAGAGCUGUGGCAACCCUCAGAGAAAACAUCUUCGAGCACCUCCAGCCCACCAAGGUGGCCGGAGAGGAGAGACUCCUGCGGGGCUCCACUCGUCUGUCAUCAGGGACCUCCAGCCCAGCAGCUCCCUCCCGCUGGGCAGCCCCUCUGCUGCAGAUGUGGCUUCUCCGCGCUCUCGUCGUGCUGCGCUUCCUCGUGAUGUGA